AUGCACUGGCCUGCAGCUACCUCUCCUGUCCUGCUCGCCUCACCCAUCAACCCGCACUUGCCCUUUCCUCUCUUCUGUGACCCGGCCCAUGCACAUGCCUGCAGCUACCUCUCUUGCCUGCCGCAAUCCUUUGACUCGCCUCUCUGGUUCGACCAGGCCACGUUGGAGGAGCUGCGAGGCCACGUUGGAGGAGCUGCGAGGCACUCCUCUAGGGCCAACUUGAGGCGUGUGUACGAGGAGCAGGUGGAGCCAAUCUUUGCUGCUGUGAGGGCCAACUUGAGGCGUGUGUACGAGGAGCAGGUGGAGCCAAUCUUUGCUGCUGUGAGGGCCAACUUGAGGCGUGUGUACGAGGAGCAGGUGGAGCCAAUCUUUGCUGCUGUGAGGGCCAACUUGAGGCGUGUGUACGAGGAGCAGGUGGAGCCAAUCUUUGCUGCUGUGAGGGCCAACUUGAGGCGUGUGUACGAGGAGCAGGUGGAGCCAAUCUUUGCUGCUGUGAGGGCCAACUUGAGGCGUGUGUACGAGGAGCAGGUGGAGCCAAUCUUUGCUGCUGUGAGGGCCAACUUGAGGCGUGUGUACGAGGAGCAGGUGGAGCCAAUCUUUGCUGCUGUGAGGGCCAACUUGAGGCGUGUGUACGAGGAGCAGGUGGAGCCAAUCUUUGCUGCUGUGAGGGCCAACUUGAGGCGUGUGUACGAGGAGCAGGUGGAGCCAAUCUUUGCUGCUGUGAGGGCCAACUUGAGGCGUGUGUACGAGGAGCAGGUGGAGCCAAUCUUUGCUGCUGUGAGGGCCAACUUGAGGCGUGUGUACGAGGAGCAGGUGGAGCCAAUCUUUGCUGCUGUGAGGGCCAACUUGAGGCGUGUGUACAAGGAGCAGGUGGAGCCGAUCUUUGCUGCUGUGGUGGCCGAAGCAGAGGGGGAGCAGGGGAUCCUGCAUGACUCUUCUGCUGCUGCUGCUGCUGCUGCUGCUGCUGCUGCUGCUGCUGCUGCUGCUGCUGCUGCUGCUGCUGCUGCUGCUGCUGCUGCUGCCGCUGCUGCUGCCGCUGCUGCUUCCCUGCUACCCUGUGCUCGGUGGGAGAUCCUCACAGCUGACCAGCUCACCCGCUCUAAUGGGAAGAACGGCAGUGGGGAAGAAGACCGUGGGAAGGGACAAGAGACAGGGAGGGGAGAUGGAGCAGUAGCAGGUUCAGCGUCAGUCGCACAGCCACUUCAACAGAUGCCCGAUUCUGAUGCUGUGUGCUUGCUGCAAGUGGUGCCUCCUGUAGGGGGCAACGAGGUUACCAUCAGCUACGGGGAGAAGGGCAACGAGGAGCUUCUGUUUCUCUAUGGCUUUGCCAUUCGCAACAACCCCCACGAGUGCCUUAUGCUCAACUACCCCCCGGCUCAGCUCCAGGAAGACCCAUGCGCCGACACCAAGCUACAGCUCUUGGCCGUGCAGGACCUCUCGCUACAAUGGAUCAUUCCGCGUUCCUCCAAGUAUCCCAACGAUCAUCUUCAAUAUGGUGGUGCUUCAUCUGCCAGGACUAGGAAGGAGCAGGGGCAAGAGGAGAGGCAGAGGCAGGAGGAGACGCAGGGGCAGGAGGACAAGAAGGAUCAGGAGGAAACGCUGGGGCAGGAGGAAAAUCAGGGGCAGGAGGAGAAGUUGGGGCAGGAGAAAAGGCAGGGGCAGCAGGUGCUUCAACAUAAGCAAGUGCAGCACGGGCAGCAGAAUGAGGAGGAGGGUGAGGGGGAGCAGGAGGAGAGUGACCAUGGGGGUGUUUUUCCCCCCGGCAUGAUGGCAGCACUUCGAGUGCUCUCACUCACAGUAGCCCAGGUGGAGGCUGCCACCUCAGCACUUCUGGAGGUACGUGUUGCUGACGUGGAGUACAGCAUGCAUAUGCCACACGCACGGGAUGCAGUGAGGGAGGCAGCAGGGGGAGAUGCACAGGCGCUGCUGCUGUGCUGCAACAGCGACAAAACGACCCAUCACCACCCAUCUACAUCCCUUCCGUUCCUCCCCACAUCACAGCGCAAGGCAGCAUUAGGGGCGGGGUGUCUAAGCCCUGCAGAUGCGGGGGAGGCAGUGAGGGAGGCAGCAAGGGGAGAUGCACAGGCGCUACUGCUGCUACUGCAACAGCGACAAAGCCACCCAUCACCACCCAUCUACAUCCCUUCCCUUCCUCCCUACAUCACAGCAGAAGGCCGCAGCAGGGGCGGAGACUCUGAGCCCAGCCGAUGCCAGGGAGGCAGUGAGAGAGGCAGCUGGGGGGGAUGGACAGGCGCUACUGCUGCUGCAACAGCUGCUGCAGCAACGGUGAGGGCUCGUGGGUCAGGCAUGGAAAGUGGAGGCAUCAGGCAUGAAUCAUGA